AAAGCAUAGUGAAUUGCACUAUUGCUUGCUUGUCAUAUAUUGUUCUGUGUUAACUAGAGUAGAAGCAUUAGACUUCAAGUAAGAUGCCUUUCCGAUUCCGUGGCGCCUCUGGAAUCACAAUUUCCAUGGCCACGUGUGCUGCGCUGUAUACACACUUACAAGGGUCGCCGGGAGCACGUGCCGAACAGAAAAGCACAAACUCGCGCGAUAAAUGGGCACCUCCAAGGCUCAAAUGUCCUGAGAGUCCAUCUGUAUAUGUAGGGGCAGCGGGGAAGGACUUAGUUUAUAGUACAGCCACUAUCAAGGGUAAACGAUCUUACCAAGAAGAUAGGUAUAGUGCACACGCACCCUUGAGUGAGAACUCGGACGUUAUGUUUUUCGGUGUGUUCGACGGACACGCCGGUGCGAGAUGUUCGGAGUAUGUGAUGGAGAAUCUCGGCACAAUGGUGGACACGGAACUGAGUAACAUCAGGAGGAAUCUCGUAUGUGCAAAACCCUAUGCUAGCACGUCUAAAAACAUAGCAGCUAAGGUAGGAGGGAAUAUCAAGGCUCGUGAGGACACUGGAAAUGAUAGUGGAUACGAUAGCGGAGAGGAUAGUGGGAUAGAUGAAUCCAAACCCUCUAGUAGGGAUGCAGAGCGUAUAAAUGUGAAAGAAUUAGAAGACAGGAUCGCAUACCGGAAUGCGAUGAUAGGCGCAUGUGGUGCGGCUCUGCAGGUCAGUUUCAACAAACUGGACAGUCAAUUCUUGACCCGCGCCACAAAGAAUAACUGGCACGACGGUGCCUGUGUGCUUGUUGCGCUUCUGACGGAGGACGCCUUGGUUGUUGGAAAUGCCGGCGAUUGUCGCGCUGUUAUGUACCGGGAUGGUAAAGCGGUACCUCUAUCGUAUGAUCAUAAACCGAAUAGACUGGAUGAAUUCCAGAGGAUAAAAGACGCGGGUGGAUUUGUGGCCUGGAAAGGAGUAUGGCGUGUUCAGGGGGUGCUGGCUAUUUCUCGAUCAUUCGGCGAUAAGAGUUUGAAGCAGUGGGUUGUAUCGGAUGCUGAAUUGGUUGAUGAAGAAUUUUCAGGGGAGGACUCCUUUAUAAUAUUGGCAACGUACGUAGCCCAUACGUUGCUUCCUAAGCGAACGACAGUGUGUCUACAUUAA